CUAUUUCUUCUCUCUUUUUCUCUGCACUCACAUAAGGAAUUGGUUGGUUCGGAAACCAUGAAAACAAGAGCUGGAUACAUGAUCGAACCGACUUGUUCUGAUGAUUGUGGUACUAGCAAAACCCAUCUUUGGCAUGGUGCUGGUCUUGGGAUUCAGUUGAUCUUUCUAGGGUUUUCUCUUCAAGCUUCGUCAGUUGCUUUUGGAGAGGUCGAAGAAGAGAGAAAGCCACGUUGCUUAAACCCCAAGCUUCGUCUCAGACGAUAUGAGUUUGCUCGAUGACCUUGACUCAGAUGAGCGUUCAAGACAGCUUUGUUCCGCUAUCAAGAUCAACUAUAUUCUACGUAAGCUAGGAACAGUGGAUCUUGAUGCCGAAGAUCUGAUACAAUAUGGAAUUAUGUAUCCUUUGGUUCGCUUUCUUGGCGCGGAAGAUUUCCCUGAGCUUAAUUAUCACGCAGCUUGCUGUUUAACAAGCAUUGCUGCUUAUAGACCGGAUCUGCUAGUUGCUCAUGAUGCAGUUCGUAGGCUAGUCAGGCUUCUUGAUUCAAAUAGAAAUUAUGUCCGUGAUCAGGCUAUAUGGGCAAUAUGUAAUAUUGCUGGUCAGCCAACACACCGUGACUUUGUUCUUGCCUCUGGGGCAUUGAUACCACUGUUGAAUCUACUGACACAGUCCAAGGAUAUUAACUUGUCGACGCUAAGAUUAGCCACUCUGACUUUGUGUCACUUGUGUCGUGGCAUGCCUCCACCUUACUUCGAAGAGAUGGGACAUGCACUUGAACGACAUCUUAAUUCAAAUGAUGAUGAAGUCUUGGGAAAUGUUUGCGUGGCAAUUAUGUAUGUGUGUAAAGGUUCAGAAGAUGAAUUCCUGGGUGUGAUCGAGUCUGAAUUUGUCCCAAAACUAGUUGAACUUCUCCGACACCCUUCCCCAGCUGUGUUUGUUCCUGUACUUAUUACCAUUACGACUUUAGUUAGAAACGAUCAUGAUCAGAUCCAAGUUAUGAUCGAUUGUGGUGCUUUACCCAGUCUUUGCAACCUGCUUACUGGAGGCUCUGACAUAUACAUAAAGAAAGCCACUUUCGUUACGAUUUCAAGCAUUACUGCAUACUUUCAAGAACAAACUCAGUUAGCUGUUGAGGCAAAUUUGGUUCCAAGUUUGGUCUAUCUUGCUCAAAAUACUGAACCGUACAUUAAGAACGACAUUGUAUGUGCAAUAUCAAAUGUGACCCUAGGUGUUUCUCAUGAUCAAAUCAAAUACUUGGUGGACCAAGGUUGCAUAAAACCUUUAUGUGAUCUCCUGGUGUGUCCAGAUAUGAGGACCAUCUCAGCUUGUCUAAAUGGUUUGGAAAGGAUUUUGAUCGUUGGAGAGGAGGAGAAGAAGAAGGCAGAAGACGUGAAUUCUUAUUGUAAACUGAUUGAAGAUGCGGAAGGGUUAGAAAAGAUUGAGAGCCUGCAACAACACGGAAGCAAUGAGAUCUACGAGAAGGCUUUGAAGAUUCUGAACACAUACUGGGCUGUAAUUUGAUGGGCUUUGAUUUAACGUGAAAGGCCCAUAAACCGACAAAUAAAUCUCUUAUAAAUAAACCCUAGAAAUCGAAACUUCUUGUUUUCUUCUAUCCGAUUAGGCUUUGUGUUUUGUCUCA